ACAACGAGAGGCGAUCGUUUGGAACAAGCGUCCUUAUUCUGACGCUGACACGUGUGCAUCAAUGAUCGGUUGAUGACACCACGUCGCUCGCGGUUCGCAGUCCUUCUUCUUGUUCCCGAGAUCGAUCCUCAGCUAUCCCCAAAGCUCUCUCUUUUUUCUCGGCGAGCGAUGAGAGGGAUCGUCUUCUCUGCGUCGUCUCUGUACCGAGCGAUCUCGCUCAGAACCCUAGCUCAUGGAUCGCCGGCGGUUCAGAGGAUUAGCGUUUGCUUCUACUGCGAUCAGCCGCAGCGAUCAACGCGGCGGCGUCCAGUGCGUCUCUUGAAGGCCCACUUACUCUCUACAGGGGUAUGGUUAAGCAAGGGAAACUUCAACAUGAUAUCCACCAAGAAAAAGUAGCUAUCGAAUUGGAACGACUACUCGAUAGACUGGAACAGUAUGAGAACAAGAUGGAGGAGUAUCAUGAAAAGCUUGCUAAUUGGGAAAGGAAUAGAGAGAUUGAGCAUCGCAAACUUCUGCUGGAGGAAGCUCAGAUUAAACAACAGGAUGGUGUAUGGACAAAAGAAAAUGACACUCGAAGAAGUAGGUUCUUUGACAAGUGGUUUUUAAGGGGAAGACGUGGAACUCCAGAACCUGGAGUCGGGAAAAUGGUCUCGUAUCUUAAUCGAGAGAAGAAGUUAGAUUCAUUACUUGGUCGACGUCCAGUUGCACCUACAGCUCCAAGAGGAAUAUAUUUGUAUGGAAAUGUUGGAAGUGGGAAAACAAUGCUUAUGGACAUGUUUUACUAUGCCACUGAAGGUAUUGUUAAACAUAGAAGGAGGUUUCACUUUCACGAGGCAAUGCUUCAGAUACAUGAACAUAUGCAUGAGAUUUGGAAGAAUCAGGUUGAGGAUAAAUCUUCACACCCAAGAAUAAGCAGCUGGGUUUCUAACCUCCCAUUUGAUACAAAAGUGAAAGAAUGGUUAAUUGGAGAAGAGAAAUAUAAAGAGGAGGUACGAAGGAAACAUAUCCUUCCUGCUGUAGCAGAUAAGUUUCUUGUUGACAGGAAAACUGAGAAGAGUGGGGCGAGCAUACUCUGUUUUGAUGAGAUACAGACUAUUGAUGUAUUUGCUAUUGUGGCCUUAUCUGGAAUUGUAAGCAGAUUAUUAAGUACUGGGACGGUCCUCGUGGCUACCAGUAAUAGAGCUCCCGAGGAUUUGAAUCAGGAUGGUAUGCAGAGAGAUAUUUUUCAAUCAUUUUUAGCCAAGUUGGAAGAAAAUUGUUGCAAAAUCCUUGUUGGGAAUGAGAUUGACUAUCGUCGCAUAAUAACAAAUGAUAGAACAAAUCAGGUUUACUACUUCUGGCCUCAUAAUUCUGAUGCUCGCAGAGACUUUGAGGCCAUGUGGAAUAAUGUCAUAAACCAAUCUGGAGGAACUAUUACUUCCACUGCUAUUCCUGUGAUGUUUGGGAGAGUUCUGGAUGUUCCUGAAAGCUGCAACGGUGUAGCAAGAUUUGACUUUGAAUAUCUCUGUGGACGCCCGGUUGGUGCAGCAGAUUAUAUUGCAAUAUCUAGGAAUUAUCACACAGUUUUCAUAUCAAAUAUUCCUGUUAUGAGCAUGAGGAUUCGAGACAAGGCAAGGAGGUUCAUCACUCUGGUUGAUGAGUUGUAUAAUCAUCAUUGUUGCCUUGUCUGUCUAGCUGCUUCUUCAAUUGAUGAUUUAUUUCAAGGAACUGACGAGGGAACACUUUUUGAUUUAGAGAGUUUUCAGUUUGAAACCGAGGCAGAAAGUGGCAAACUAAGACGGGAUGUUCUAGCCACAGGUAGUAGUGGCUCUGGACCCUCCCCUGCUGAGAUAGUAUCUUUAUUAUCUGGCCAAGAAGAAAUGUUUGCCUUCAAGCGAGCAGUAUCACGAUUGAUAGAAAUGCAGACUCCUCUACAUAUGGAAAGGGUACGACUCUUCCACCCUCUUUUUCGAAAGAACAACCAAUAACUAAAUCACCGCGCUGUCUGCCGACUCCAAUUGUCUUUGCAAACAGGAAUCCUUCACCUGUAACCCCCCAAGUUCAUUGCUGGCAAAUUUUUAUCCUAUGCAAAAAAGGAUUUUUAGAUAUUUUUAUCCUUCAUUAUGUAUGAUUUAUUGCUCGGGCUACAGUUAUUCUUGGAAAACGGAACAAUAUGAAGCUUCGGUAAGAGUGGAGACUGAAAUAAAGUUGUAUUCUUUUUAUUAAUAUAUACUGUAUAGGUUUGGGUGGAAUCUGGCCCCUUCCUAUGUUCUCAUUGAAAAAGAAAAGUGAAACAAUAUUUCUUCCUA